GGACUUGUUGACCUUAAGGUCUGAUGCUUAGGUAUGGCUAACUUGAGGUAAUCCUGUCUAUUUAAGCUCCCACAUCAAGAACAACAACCAAGCCCAGGAGUCCUUACAGUCCAUGCCUUGUUGAAUCUCCUCAAAAUAAUAUACCCUCUCUGUAUCUCUCUCUCUCUCUCCAAGAUGGCUGACCGGAAACCAGAGAAUAAUGGGGUUUCCAGCCAAUCAUCGUUACCAAUUCCAGCUUUUGAACCUCCAAAGAAACCUAAAAGAAACAUGUAUGCCAUAGCUUGUACCCUUUUAGCUUCCAUGACUUCUAUCUUACUGGGCUAUGAUAUUGGAGUGAUGAGUGGAGCAGCAAUCUACAUCCAAGACGACUUCAAAAUCUCCGACACACAAGUUGAAAUUCUUGUCGGAAUCCUCAAUUUCUACUGUCUCUUCGGCUCUGCCGCUGCUGGCCGGACUUCAGACUGGGUUGGCCGCCGGUACACCAUAGUGCUCGCCGGUGCAAUCUUCUUCGUCGGUGCACUUCUGAUGGGUUUCGCCACAAACUACGCCUUCCUCAUGGUUGGCCGGUUCGUCGCCGGCAUCGGCGUUGGCUAUGCACUUAUGAUUGCGCCGGUGUACACCGCGGAGGUCUCGCCGGCGGCGUCUCGUGGCUUUCUUACAUCUUUCCCUGAAGUCUUCAUUAACUUCGGUAUAUUACUUGGAUACAUAUCCAACUACGCAUUUUCCAAGCUUCCAGAGCAUUUGGGUUGGCGAUUCAUGCUUGGAAUCGGAGCAAUUCCAUCAGUAUUCUUAGCCGUAGUAGUCUUAGGCAUGCCCGAGUCGCCUCGGUGGCUGAUCAUGCAGGGUCGGCUCGGUGAAGCAAAACGAGUUUUGGACAAAACCUCAGACUCUAAAGAAGAGGCCCAAUUAAGACUAGCCGACAUCAAAGAAGCUGCAGGAAUUCCUGAAAACUGCAACGACGACUUCGUUUUGAUAACAACAAAACAUAGCCAUGGUGAGGGUGUAUGGAGAGAGCUACUCCUUUAUCCUACACCCGCGGUUCGUCACAUUUUAAUUGCAGCCAUUGGUAUUCAUUUCUUUCAACAAUCGAGUGGUAUAGAUGCCGUCGUCUUGUAUAGCCCGAGAAUUUUCGAAAAAGCGGGUAUAACAAAGAACACUGAUAAGUUAUUGGCUACAAUUGCUGUUGGUACCACCAAGACGAUUUUCAUCCUAGUGGCCACAUUUUUACUAGACAAGAUCGGACGGCGACCAUUGCUUCUAUCAAGUGUUGGGGGCAUGAUCGUGUCCCUGAUGUUGCUUGGCGUUGGUUUGACGGUGAUUGAUCACUCUGAUCAUAAGCUUACGUGGGCCAUAGCGUUGUCCCUGUCCAUGGUAUUAUCGUACGUCGCGUUCUUCUCGAUCGGGAUGGGUCCCAUCACUUGGGUCUACAGCUCUGAGAUAUUUCCACUGAAGCUAAGAGCACAAGGGUGUAGUAUGGGGGUGGCAGUGAAUAGGGCGACAAGUGGGGUCCUCUCAAUGACCUUUAUAUCUUUAUAUAAUGCCAUCACAAUUGGUGGGGCUUUCUUUUUAUACACAGGGAUUGCAAUGGUGGCAUGGGUUUUCUUUUAUACGUUACUCCCUGAAACACAGGGUAGAACCCUAGAGGAGAUGGAGCAAUUGUUUGGGACUUUCUUCAAGUGGAGGUCAACCAUGAAGGAGGUGAAGAAGAAAGAAGCUGAGGCUAAGGGUCAGAUUCAGAUGGGUAGUAGUGGCCAAAGUUAGAGAAAGAGUUUUUUUUUUUUUUUCUUGGGGGGGUUGUUGCAGAUACGUUUGGUGUAAUGAAGGCUGGCAUGGGUAUACCGUAUGACUGCAUGUGGGAUUUUAAAACUGUUGUUUUAGUAUAUUAGUAGUACCCCUUGCAUCAAUUUAUUACACAACGAUACUCCAAAUAUAUGUAGAAUGAGACAUAAAAUAUCACUACAAGAACGCAAUGCUUCUGUUCUAUUAUUGAACAGCCCUUGGUACGUGUCAUGGUGCAAUGAUAGGAACCAAACACAGAAAGCAAGCAAACGCAAGUGUCCG